GGCAUGGUGGACCCGGAUGGAUGGCCGGCCCACGGUGAAUGGAGCUCCAUGGCCAACCACCACCACCACCAGAUGAUGUCUGGGAACAUGAUGUACAACAGCCAGGGUCACGCAGCGCCAGCACCAACACACCCCAGCAGCAGCACAGCAGCAGCGCAGCAGCAGCAACAACAACAACAACAACAACAGCAGCAGCAGCAGCAGCAGCAGCAGCAACAGGGCGGCCACCCGCAACAGUACCUCCCUGGUAACCUCACCUCUCAACAGCUCAUGGCCAGCAUGCACCUGCAAAAACUCAACACUCAGUACCAUGGACACCCGCUGGGCUCAGCCAACGGCCACCACCUGCCCAACGGAGCACAGUACCGGGUGGGUCCGGCCCAACUAUCAGGCAUGCAGCACAUCGGCGGCCCUUUGGGGCCAAACGGCAUGGACAUGGAUCUGAUCGACGAGGAGGUUCUGACCUCACUGGUGCUAGAGUUUGGGUUGGAUCGUGUUAAGGAGCUGCCCGAACUCUUCUUGGGACAGAAUGAGUUUGACUUCAUAUCGGACUUUGUAUGCAAACAGCAACCGAGCACGGUGAGCUGUUGAGCGAAGCGGCCAGGAGCUGGUUCGGUUUGUUUGGACUGGACACCCCAAAGAAUGACUGAGAGGUCACAGUAGCACAGCGAGAGGAGACAAUCUCUCUGUUCUGUUUGGGUGUUUCUGUGUCUGUGUAUUUGACAGUGUCUAGUACGCCCUCACACUGACCUGCCUGCGAGCUGAUGAAGAAUUUAUAAUGAGAGAAAAAUGCAGCAAAAGCACCAGGUUUCUCUUCUUUGAGCCUGUGCCAGCGAGAUUUGUCGUCUUUGGCCAAAUUGAGGCAUCCUGAUGCAGCGGGCUCCAUCUGUACCCAUCUGGCCCUCAGCACAUGUGCCUGCAGUGCCAAGGCUUUGGGAUAAUUGUAAACUUAAACACAAUGAGGGAACGCCUGAAGAGACUGUCCAUGUGGGUCUGCUAGAUUCUGGGGCAUCUCCAAAUGUAUUUUAUCUCUGAUGACACCUUCAAAUAGUAGCAGACGUUUUACAAAUUUAUAAAAAGUUGUCGUCUGAAUUUGUUUAUACAAGGAUGAAGGGAUUAAGCAGCUUUUUCUUUUUCUGACAAUUUGUGUGCAUAUUGAAGGCUGGCUCUUCAAAACUGAGUUCCUACAAAAAUAAAAUAAUAAAUAUUUCCUUGAAGAGCAGGAGAGUGAGGUUGUGCAGCAUUCCUGCCAUGGGGUUUAUCUUGGAUUGGUCAGGUAAAUUGUGCUCCACUGAUUCUUUCAGUGUUGUUUACCUGACUACGAUAAAAUCUGAAAUCAUUAAAUGUAUCGCAUCUGUUCCCUGCUAAUUAACUGCGAUUGAAUCAUUGGCAAAGUAGCGCACUGCUUAGAGUGUUGGCUUAAACGAAGCGUUUAUCUGUAGGUAACGGUUCGGAAGUCUCUCCGCUCCAAGGCACACAUUUAGCUGCUCAUUGCAAGUAAAUCUUGGGUUUACUGCUCAGUAGAACUGCAAGAAUUGUUGGAGAGGGAGAACCUUGUUAGCAUGAGAAACACCUUUACUGUGGCCUAUUGCAAGAUCUAAGAAAAGCCAAACUAAAAAAGCAGCCAUCAGAGGGGGAAGGUCUUGAUCUGAGGUGGGACUUUUUUCUAAAACAAGAUUGGUAAAAAAAAAGCUUAAAAAAAAGUGCGUGACUGCAGAAUUUGCAACUGUGUGUUAUUUGUGUACGUCUGUGCGUGCGGUCAGUGCAGUGAGGCAUUUAAAACCCAUCGAAUGGCGCCUCCUCCCCUAAACCAUCGGCCAGUGCGCUGAAGGUGAUUGGAGGCUGUGCGGGGAGUGAGGGGGGGAGGAGAGAUUCUGAUGUGUGGACACAAUGUGUGGACACAGCACUCCCCAGCAGCACUUAGUUUAAUCAUUAUUUAAAGCCGCCGCUACCUGUGGCAUUGAUUUCAUUCGGGCACGAGGAGCGAGCGAAGAGCACAAAGCGUGCAAAGUUGUUGUUUUUCGCCAUAGAUUAGCUUACUCUGCUGCUUUUCUACUGAUUAGAUUUAAAUUACAUGUUCUCACACGCUUGUCUUAAUUGAGGUCGGCUUGCACAUUCUCCAGUGUCUCAAUAAUUAUAAAGCGGACAUGUUCUGUGGCGCUUUCUUUUUCUUUUUUUUUGCGCAGUUGGUAAUUAUGUUUUUGUCAAGGUUGCUGCUUUUUGCCGCUGCGGGCUGGUUGAGGGAGAACUUCCUGCACUCGUAAGGCUAUUUGUAGAGCUGUUAGAGGGGUCAGGGCUGCACUGCUGCGCUGUGUUAAUCUGUUCCAAUACAACUGUGCUGCUGUCCCUGUCUCUCUGGAGAUCUGCCAUCUCGAGUCAAACAAUGGGCAUUGAAACGCUGUCGUAAAAGGCAGAAAAGUGCCGGAGAGUUCCCGCUCGGUUCUGCCUGGCAAACUGCAGCCAGACGAACUCACAACCUCAUAGUUAAAAUGGAAAUACUUCUGGCCUUAGCGAGACAGUGGCCUCUGAUUACUGCUAUAUCAAUAAGCGCAGCCUUCUUGUGUAUCGUAUCUUUGUACUGUAGACUAGAGGUGAAGUUGAUCUAGACACAUUUAAGGUACUUUCGAAAAACAUUGUCAGAUGUAAAUGUAAAUCAGUGGCUGAUUUUAAUGUGUUGACAAAAAGAUUAUAUCCUUCAUUUUUACAAACGAGUGUGUAGAUACAGUAUGAGUGUACCAGUGGUUUUUUUGGGUGCAGGGCCUGAAGCUUUAAGACCAAGUAGACUGCAUGUUAAAGCAAGCGUGAGGGAUGCCACCACUUUCCCACAAUGCAGCUGAGAAUGUACAGUACAACGCAUUGUGGGAACUUGUCUUAAGAUGGUAGAUAAACGUGUGAGAUUGUACUCCUUGUUCCAAAAUUACACAUCAUUCAUUUGGGUAACCCCCCUUCCUCCCUCCCUCCCUCCUACUCCUUUCCCACUUCCCCAAAGCUUUUGUAAUGUUAUUGAUUAUAUUUUAAGAAAAUGUAUUUAUUUUCAAAUAAAAUAUUUAUUUAAAGAAA